CGCAUGUGUACGUCGGGAAUUAGCUAACGCUUACCAAGAUGGCGCGUGUGCUGAAGGCGGCUGCUGCGAGCGCCGUAGGGCUUUUUCCCAGACUUCAAACUCCAGUUCCAACAGUAAGAACUUUUUCCAUGUCCCUGUCCUCGCAUCAAGUGGCUGGUCCUGUAUGGAACCUCGGUCGACUCAAUCAUGUCGCAGUAGCAGUGCCAGACUUGGAAAAGGCCAAGGCAUUUUAUAAGAACGUUCUCGGGGCCCAGGUAGGUGAGACGGUCCCUCUUCCUGAGCAUGGAGUAUCCGUUGUUUUUGUCAACCUGGGAAAUACCAAGAUGGAGCUGCUUCAUCCACUGGGAAAUGACAGUCCAAUUGCAGGUUUUCUGCAGAAAAACAAGGCUGGAGGAAUGCAUCACAUCUGCAUUGAGGUGGAUAAUAUAAAUGCAGCUGUGAUGGAUUUGAAAGAAAAGAAGAUUCGUAUUCUAAGUGAAGAGGCCAAAAUAGGAGCACAUGGAAAACCAGUGAUUUUUCUCCAUCCUAAAGACUGUGGUGGAGUCCUUGUGGAAUUGGAGCAAGUGUGACUUACAUUCUCAAGAAACUAAAUUAAUUGCCCUGAAAAAGCCUUAUCAAAAUGUGCUUUGGCAUUGAGUUCUUCACUGCUUCCAUCACUUAAAAGUUAAAUCUAAUCAGAGAAAGAGAUUUUUUAAAAUUAUAUGUGUGUGUGUAUAUAUAUACACACACAUAAAAUAUUUGCUAAUUACUUUGAUUUUUUUCCUGAUUUGGAGAAACCUUUGAUUACUAAGUACUUAUGGAAUAUUAUUAAAAUCAUAUUCAUAGAAAUAAA